UACUGACUAAGUAGCUCUGCGGGUCGGAUAUCCAUUGUGCAAACAACGACCAUACUUGAGCCGCUUGUCGCUUGAGAUGGCCAUGUUCGACGUGACGAAUGGAGGACUUGCCCGUCGAGAUUCUUGUGCACAUCGCAGCACCAAGCAGGGCAGUCGACGAUGCCAGAUACAGGGCACUCGCUUCAGCAUAUGUUGACUUUGAGCCGGCCAAGCGACUGGCUGUGCCGGCCUCGGACGACAAUUGCAAGCACACCGAGCAACCCGCCAGCUCAAUCUCAUACAUAUCCAGGCAGGACCCGCCAGCGCCUCUGCCUUCACGCCACACUUGCGAAUCGUCACCAGACCUACGAGCUCCUUUGUUCUCCAUCGCCUCCCCGGAGGCUUCUUUUGGAAGUGUCAUUGACAAUGCGGGCUCCCCUCGCGUUGCCAGGCCUCACCACGUGCCUUCAUCGCAACCCUCCGUGCCGCCUUCAGCGUCGCAGUCAUGGCAGUCUCCCAGCAGUCUCGUUGGCGAUUCGCAGCCAGAAGUCUUGUCAGCGCUGGCAGACUUGACCUCACCUACGCGACUGCUCGAGUACUAUCUACAGGGCUUCGACAGUUUCACGACAUCUUCCCUCUCGCCAUUGCAAAGUGCGGCCAAUGCCCCUGGAAGCAGGCAGCUUCCUAGCUACGUCUCUCCUUCUCCCAGCCGCCGGCCAGCUCCAACAAAUAUCACUCCAGAACCGCGAAAUACAGACGUGGUGUCUGGAUCCCCUCUGCAUAAUGACAGCCACGAUUCGAGUCUCUCCUUUUCUGAGCUCAAGCCCGUAACUCAGGCACCAGCAAGGCCAGCGCAUAUCACUGCCACGACAGUAUCCCUGGAUUCUCAGCACCGGGACAGACAAGUAGUGGCUCGGCCACUUCCGCAUGCAAGCACAGCUUUAUCGAAUCGAACAACUCUGAGCAGGUCGGACUCGGAACCUCUGAUCCUACCCAAGUCCGGAGCAAACACGACUCUUGCUUCCCCACAAGCGCUGUCCCGUGCCAUCAGUGAUCUUGGACCACGGUCCUCCAAUACAGAGGCCACAACAAGCAGCCUGUCCAACGUCACCUUCUUCGCCUCGCACGGCUUCACCUAUGCUUCGCUGGACCUCUACGCCCCAGAGCCCGCCGUGGCCAGCGACACCAUCGGGCCCGCCGACCUCGUGACGCCCCAGCUUCGCGACCUGCUCGCGGACGCCCAGCCACGCCGCAAGUCCCAGCCCAAGUCCCAGACGAGGACGCUCCGCCCGACAGAGCGCGGGUACUGGGACGUGGACUGCUCGUCGUGGCCUGCCGAGCUCAAGCGUGCCACGUGGGCGCACCUCGCCAACUGGGUGGGCAUGGGCCUCGCGGGCUGGGGGACACGUUGCACGCGAGACGUCGGGUUCACCAGGGUCAGGGUGUACUGCUGGGGCGAGACGGCACCAUAUCUGUAUUAUCUGCUCUGGCUCACGAGCUAUCGCAAAAUCUUGUCUGUCGAGUGUGCUUGGAUCGAUGCAGAUGGGGAGGCGGUCCUGAUCAUGGGAAUGCGUUAGAUUUUGCAUACUUGGGGAGCGGACUUGGGUACUCUUCCGCCAGCGAGAGAUAUUCUGAUUACAUGGCCAGACAAGAAUCGAAACAUAUAAACUAGGUUUAUAAGACUUGACCCAAAAAAACGUUCAAAGCCCAAAGUCACUCAAGAAAUGGGACUUGACAAAGGCACCAAAGGAGAACGGAUAUAUUGCCGACCACUGAAAGACCGACCUCUAGAAAUACACAGUGGGCCUGAACACUAGCAACGCCGACCUUGGCACGUGAGACGGGGGUUGCGAGCAGCUCCCCCGAAAAGCACCCAUUCCAACCCUGCCCAGACCUAACGCCGAGGAGGAGCACUCAAAACCUCUACAGGAAGAGCUCGAUACAUGAUGUGUGUGUAAGGAGAAGAAUCUACGUCGUCAGUCCAACGGAGGAGGGGCUGAGCAAUUCAAGUCCACUCU